AAAAAAAGUAUUUUCGAAAGGAGUUUUUUACCAAAACUCAUGCUUUUAUACCGACAUGAACCUCUUGUACCAACGAACCCAAAAGAAACAUAAACUUAAAUCUAUGGAAGAAUUCAUCAUUAGGCAUCUCAUUAUUUUUCUCAACGUGAUCGAGUAUCAUCUAUCAACCCGGAUCAUUACUAAUCUUUCUUCAAAAUUUUCUUGGAGGAAAUUAUUGGUUAGAUUAAUGUCUUGUUGUUCCUGUAUAACAAACAUCUUCAUCGUCUUGGUUUGUAUGAACACGUGCAUGGCUCAAAACUUUUCUGCAAUCUUUAUUUUCGGUGAUUCACUUGUAGAUGUGGGUAACAAUAACUACAUCACAACAUUUGCUAAGGCGAAUUAUGAGCCCGUCGGGAUUGAUUUUGGGAAGCCAACAGGAAGAUUCACGAAUGGAAGAACUGUUUGUGACAUAUUAGGUCAAUCAUUGGGUUUCAAACAUUUUCCUCCACCAUACCUAGCUCCUACCACUUGUGGUUCUGUAGUUCUUGAUGGCGUAAAUUAUGCUUCUGGUGCUGGUGGAAUACUAGAUGAAUCUGGAGCAAACUACAUUGGUAGAAUUGCUAUGGAUGCGCAACUCAAAAAUUUUGCAAAGACGAGACUCGACAUAAUCUCAAUCUUAGGCGCUCCUGAAGCACUUAAUUUCUUCGCUACUGCUCUCUUCACAGUAACAAUGGGCUCCAACGAUUUUAUCAAUAACUAUUUCAUUCUACCAGGUCGUUCACAGCCGGUGCCUCCGAAAACUUUCAUUCAAUCGAUGAUUUCAGCAUUUAGAAGACAACUUACGAUGGGGCCAAAGUGUUUAACUGACCAAUGGAGACCAAGGGAGCUGGGACCCUAUAGAGCUCCGAAGGCGAAAGGCACAACCAAAGGAGAUGGGGAGAGAGAUGAGAAGUGA